CUCGCAGGAAAUACUCUUCCGUCCCCCAUCUUUGAACCUUCCUCCUCCUCCGCGCUGACCUACCCUCACCCUCCCCUCCCCUCCCCUCCCCUCCCCGGCGACAAACCAGGCCCUCCUACAUAGCGGCAAUCCAUUCCGGCCUCUCAGCCCGCAGCAGCACCCCCGCCGCAGCUCCCGCGACGCCGAGCCGGACGGACGGGAGGAACCACCGCCCCGCAGCACGCGCGCGCCGGUAGGGCGAGGGAGGGGAUCGAUGGCGAAGCUGUACGUGCAGGCGGUGCCCCCGCCGGAUCUGAACAAGAACACCGAGUGGUUCAUGUACCCGGGGGUCUGGACCACCUACAUCUUCAUCCUCUUCGUCUCCUGGCUCCUCAUCCUCUCCAUCUUCGGCUGCACCCCCGGCAUGGCCUGGACGCUCGUCAACCUCGGCCACUUCGCGAUUACAUACCACUUCUUCCACUGGAAGAAGGGAACUCCAUUUGCUGAUGACCAGGGGAUGUAUAAUAGAUUGACUUGGUGGGAGCAAAUGGACAACGGCAAGCAGCUUACUCGCAACAGAAAAUUUCUUGUUGUGGUUCCUGUAGUCCUGUACUUGAUCGCUUCGCACACCACAGACUAUGAACAUCCUAUGCUCUUUUUGAACACCAUUGCAGUCACAGUACUGGUUGUCGCGAAACUACCGAACAUGCACAAGGUCCGGAUUUUUGGAAUCAAUGCCGGUAACUAAGCGGCAGCAUCCCAGGGUAGACAGCACUCAAUAUCAUGUUUCAUUUGAAUGGCUGGAUGGUGUUGCACCUAGUUCUGAAUUCGCUCGUCAGAGUACCAGUGUGUAGUGUUUGAGAGCUGUUAGUAGAUGACAUGUGAUCAUUGUACAGAGAAACGCUAAAAGGCCUGAAAAAUGAUGCUGUUUUGCGACUUUGCCCGACACACGUUCUGUAGACUCUUUAUGCUGCUAUAUGUUUUGUUGCAAGUAUUUGUCACUUGAUACAUGUACA